GUCUUGUUCUUCUUUAAAUAAGACCUUCGAAGACUUUGAAAAUGUAUUUCCGAUUACCAGCCUUCCUCACCAUCUGCGCCCGUUUUGAGUUAUCCAACGCCUAAUCUCCUUCCCUCUUUCUGAUUCGACCCCUUCAAACCGAAAAAUUGUAAUGAAAUGGAAGUUCACGCAUCACCAAAGCCGUAGAUUUCUGUUUGGUUCAUGGGAUCCUUGUAAAUGCUCUUGUAUGAAGCCUCCUUGGCUUGAUUCUGUUUUUUCUGACUCACUAAGCUUGUUUCUAAUUUCUGACGGUGAGCUUCGAUAAUGGACAUUACGGAGGUAGAAGAAAAUUUGUUUGCAGCAACUGAUGCCAAGUUACAUGGAGAAAUGUGCAGGAUACUCGCUGCGAUAUAUUGCAAGGUAAUAUCAAUCUUCCCUACUUUAGAAGCAGCACGCCCAAGCAAAUCUGGCAUUCAGGCAUUGUGCUCAUUGCAUGUAGCGCUUGAGAAGGCAAAGAAUGUUCUUCAACACUGCUCAGAAUGUAGUAAACUCUACUUGGCUAUAACCGGGGAUUCUGUUCUUCUAAAGUUUGAGAAGGCAAAAUGUGCACUUCAAGACAGUCUCAGGCACGUCGACGAUAUUGUCCCACAAUCAAUUGGUUCUCAGAUUCAGAAGAUUGUGAGUGAACUUGACGAUACUGUCUUCACGCUUGAUCCAUUAGAGAAGCAUGUUGGUGAUGAAAUUAUUGCAUUGCUCCAGAAGGGGAAAAAAAUCAAUAACAAUAAUGAUAAUAAUGAACUAGAAUGUUUUCACCGGGCUGCUGCUAAACUUGGAAUAACCUCUUUGAGAGCAGCUCUUACCGAGAGAAGAGCUCUCAAGAAACUCAUAGAAAGAGCUCGUGUGGAGGAAGACAAGAGGAAGGAGUCAAUCGUGGUUCAUCUCUUACAUCUCAUGAGAAAGUACUCCAAAUUAUUUAGAAGUGAGAUCUGUGAUGACAAUGAUUCACAGGCUUCUACUCCAUGUUCUCCCACUGUUCAGGGCUCUCUUGAUGAUUGUGAACCUGGUGGCAAUGGUCAUUCCUUUGAAAGGUUGAAGCCAAACAACAGAAGAUCAGGGCAGAUGCCUCCUGAAGAAUUGAGGUGUCCAAUAUCAUUGCAGCUUAUGUAUGAUCCGGUGGUCAUUGCUUCUGGGCAAACGUAUGAGAGGAUCUGCAUUGAGAAAUGGAUCGGUGAUGGGCAUAACACCUGCCCAAAGACUCAACAGAAGCUCUCACAUCUCUCAUUGACUCCUAAUUACUGUGUUAAAGGUCUCAUUGCUAGUUGGUGCGAACAGAAUGGAGUUUAUGUUCCUGAUGGGCCCCCAGAGUCUCUUGACCUCAACUAUUGGAGGCUGGCAUUAUCCGAGUCUGAAUCUGCAAUUUCAAGAGCUAUGGACAGUGUUGGCUCUUGCAAUCCGAAGGGGGUUAAGGCUAUUCCUUUAGAGGAGGGUGGUAUCACAGAGGAGGCUGAAGGAAAUGAAAUGGAAAAUUUGUCUCCUAAGCUGGAAGAGUGUGAGCUUGGUUUGUUGGAAAGUUACCAGCAUUUUCUGUCUGUCUUGGACGAGGAGGAAGAUUUGAGGAAAAAGUGUAUAGUGGUGGAGCAAAUAAGGUUGUUGCUGAAGGAUGAUGAGGAGGCUAGGAUUUUUAUGGGGGCCAAUGGGUUUGUGGAAGCUCUUUUGCAAUUUCUAGAUUCAGCUUUGCAUGAAGGGAAUGUAAUGGCUCAGGAAAGUGGCGCCAUGGCUCUCUUCAACCUAGCUGUCAACAAUAGCAGAAACAAGGAAAUGAUGUUUGCUGGAGGAGUAAUUUCCUUGUUGGAGGAGAUGAUUUCCAACCCCAAUUCCCAUGGAUCUGCCACGGCACUCUAUCUGAAUCUGUCCUUACUUGAAGAAGCCAAGCCUAUCAUUGGCUCAAGUCCGGCAGUUCCUUUCUUAACCCAGAUCCUUCGAGCUAAUACUGAACCCCAGUGCAAGCUUGAUGCCCUCCAUGCCGUCUAUAAUAUCUCCACUCUACCAUCCAAUAUUCUAACCCUCAUUUCAGCUGGCAUUGUCAGCGACCUCCAUUCCCUUCUUGCAGCUUCUGGUGAUUAUGCGUGGGCAGAAAAAGUCAUUGCUGUGCUUAUAAACCUGGCAUCAUGUCAGUUAGGAAAGGAUGAGAUUAUAUCAGCACCUGGCCUUAUUGGUGGACUAGCAACAAUGCUAGACAUUGGUAAGCCUAUUGAGCAGGAGAGAGCUGUCUCAUGUCUCUUGAUUUUGUGCAAGGGAAAUGAGAACUGCUGUCAAAUUAUUCUACAAGAAGGGGUAAUACCUGCACUGGUGUCAAUGUCAGUGAACGGGACUUACAGGGGAAAAGAUAAGGCUCAGAAACUUCUGAUGCUGUUUAGGGAGCAGCGAAAACGAGACCAACCACCACCUGCUGAGAUGCAUCGGCUCGCUGAAAAGAGGGAGAAUCCGAUGCCUGCUUUAGAAUCGAAGCCGCUAUGUAAAUCAAUCUCUAGAAGAAAGAUGGGUAAAGCAUUUAGCUUCUGGAAAAGCAAGAGCUAUUCAGUUGAUCAAUGUUAGGCUCAGAGUUGUAAAUUUUUCGUUUUGAUAGAGAAAAUAUGUACAUUCCCUUGUAAUCUACAUAGGAGUCAGGACUACGUAUAUUGUAUUGCAUAUGUCAAUUCAAGCCCUGGGUAGCAUUGGAAGAAGCCCUGUGAUUCCGUGUGAAAGCCAAAGCGUAUGACCAUCAGCGCCAAAUCACUCAACUUGAUAUUGGCUCGAGUGGCAAAAGAUGCUUGACUACACGCACGGUUAGAGACUUCUUGUAAAGCAUUUGAAGGCCAAAAGAUGUUUAGCUUUUGGGGAGACUUCUUCCAGGUAUAAAGUUGCUGAGAGUGAUGCUACUAAGCUUCCCUUGGUUCUCAGUCUUUGAGUAGGGAGUCCAGAUAGAAACUUCAGGGCCGAUUAUAAAGAGAAAGGAGAUAGGGGUAAAUUAAAUAUUUUAUAGAAUUUGAAAGCCUCGUCUAUGUUUACUUUUAUCAUCAUCCCUUCUUGUAGUUCAUAAUAUGAAAGAUCUCGCGCGCCAUGAUUGUA